GUUGAACAGUUCGUCUGCUCAAGAGAAACGAUACUCAACACCGAGGUGCGCUCAUUUGGUGUGUAGAGUUUGUCAGGGAUAAAUCACAGGUGCAUAAAAAAGAUACCCCGGUGGAUUAGACAAUGGAUUUAAGUUUUCUGUGGAUUAGUCUUCUCAUGCAGUUGGUUUUGACUGGGGCCACUCUAUCAAAGAAUGACAAGAAAAAAGAAAAACAAAAAGAGGUGACAUUGAGUUCAGUUAAUGUCAUAGACAGAGGCCUGGUCACAGAAAAACUCAAAUCUAAAGACAUCAUCAAGGAACAUGCAUCCUAUUGUGACAGGGACAGAGAGGUCAAACAUUUCCCAGGGGUCACUCUGGCCUACGUUACGCCUUGGAACAAUCAUGGGUAUGAUGUUGCCAAGAUUUUCUCUCAAAAAUUCUCCUUUGUGUCGCCGGUAUGGUUACAGAUCAAACGGAGGAAAGGCGGGACUUUCUUUGUACAAGGAGACCACGACAUAGAUCAGGGAUGGGUAGAAGAUGUUACAAAAGGAAAAUCAACUGAAAUGGUUCCUAGAGUCCUGUUUGAUGGCUGGAGUAGAUCAGACUAUGAAAGCUUAUUUUCUGAUGAAAGUGCCAUAGAAGACUGUGCAAAUGUUCUUCUCAAAUUUAUCAAAAAAAAGAAAUUUCCUGGAAUAGUGGUUGAAAUCUGGUCACAGCUUGGUGGAAAGUACAGAAAAGAACUGGUUCAUUUCCUUAAGCACUUAGGAGAGUUUUUCAAGAAUGAGGGUAAAAUCUUGAUUCUGGUCAUUCCUCCACCAGUUUAUCCUGGGAAUGUUGACGGAAUGUUUGGCAAAAAGGAGUUUGAUGAGCUUCUUCCGUAUGUGGAUGCAUUUAGUUUAAUGACUUACGAUUUCUCUAAUCCUUCAAGACCAGGACCGAACAGCCCGCUGUCGUGGAUGGAAUCCUGUGUUAUAGCACUAGCUCCUGACGAUGAUCCUCAAGUCAGACGGAAAAUUUUGCUGGGGUUGAAUUUUUAUGGAAAUGAAUAUUCUGCAGGAGGGGGUGGUCCUAUUGUGGGGAACCAAUAUAUAGACAUUUUAAGGAAAUUUAAACCAAAGUUCAAAUGGGAUCCUCAGUCUGAAGAGCAUAUAGCUGAAUAUAAAACGGACCGAGGGCACGGUCUGGUGUACUACCCCACACUACAAUCCUUACAGAGGAGGCUGGAUCUGUCCAAACGCCUGGGGACGGGAAUCUCCAUCUGGGAAAUAGGACAAGGACUGGACUACUUUUAUGACUUGCUGUGACUUUUGCAUAAUAAAAUUUUACUUUUA